GAAACAUAUUAGUAGAUGAUAGGAAACUUUUUCUUGAUAAACUCGGUUUGAGGUGGGCAAUGAAUCUCGAAUCAAGUUUUGGCAUGACCUAUGGUGUGGUGAUAAUGCCUUCAAGGAAGCUUUUCCAGGAGUUUAUGGACUUGCGAGGUCGCAGGAAGCCUCAGUUGCUGAUCUUUUAGCGCUGUCCGGUGGUGUUCCUCAAUGGAAUGUCACUUUCUUUAGAGCUGCACAAGAUUGGGAAGUUGAGGCAUUCACUAACUUCUACAACCUUGUUUAUUCUACUAGAGUGAGGAUGGGAGAGGCAGAUAGGAUCAUUUGGAGUCCGUUGAAGAAAGGGAAGUUUUCUAUUUGUUCAUUCAAUCAGUCUCUUAUAAUGAACAACACCAUUUCAUUCCCAUGGAAGAGUAUUUAGAAGACAAAGGCACUUUGAAAGCAGCUUUCUUUGUAUGGACAGCUUGCUUGGGGAAGAUCCUCACAUUAGACAGCCUACGAAAACGCCGGAUCAUCAUAGUGGAGUGGUGUUGCAUGUGCAAAAAGAAUGGGGAGACCGUGGGUCAUUUACUCCUCCAUUGUGAGGUGGCCGUGACCUUUUGGAAUGAAUUCUUUGCUAUGAUGGGGGGUAGCGUGGGUGAUGCCAAGAAAGGCAGUUGGUUUUCUAGCAAGUUGGAGGGGCUUGCGUGGCGACUUGCAAAUCUCAGCCAUAUGGAAGAUGGUCUCUCCAUUUGCCUAUGGUGGUGUCUUUGGAGGGAGAGCAACGAUAGAAGCUUUGAAGAUCGCGAACAGUCCAUGACUGUGGUUGAGAGUGGCAUUGCUGAUCAGAUGCGGCUGACAGAGCUAAUUUUGAAUGAUCAAGAAUUUUUCCGAAAGCUGAUGGAUCUGUUUAUAGUCUGUGAAGACUUGGAAAACAUUGAUGGGCUUCACAUGAUAUACAAAAUAGUCAAAGGGAUUAUUUUGCUCAAUAGCCCUCAGAUCUUUGAGAAGAUAUUUGGUGAUGAAUUGAUCAUGGAGAUUAUUGGUUCAUUGGAGUAUGAUCCAGAGGUCCCUCAUAUCCAACACCAUCGUAGAUUUUUAAAAGAGCAUGUUGUCUACAAGGAGGCCAUACCAAUUAAAGAGCCUUUAGUUCUGUCAAAGAUACACCAAACAUACAGAAUUGGUUAUUUGAAGGAUGUUGUGUUGACUCGAAUAGUGGAUGAGGUGACGGUUGCAAAUCUCAAUUCGAUAAUUCAUGCAAACAAUGCCAUUGUUGUUUCUUUGUUAAAGGAUGAUAGUACCUUUAUUCAGGAAUUGUUUGCUAGGUUGAGAUCACCCUCCAUCUCUGCGGAAUCUAAGAAAAACUUGGUGUAUUUCUUGCAUGAGUUUUGUAGUUUAAGCAAGAGCCUGCAGAUGGUCCAGCAGCUCCGGCUAUUUAGGGAUCUCAUGAAUGAAGGCAUCUUUGACAUUGUCGCCGAUGCUUUGCAGAGUGAAGACAAAAAUCUUGUAUUAACUGGUGGAUGCAGGACAGAUAUCCUCAUUCUUUUCUUGAAUCAGGAUCCAAACCUUCUUCGUUCUUACGUUGUUCGGCAGGAAGGAGUUCUACUUCUGGGACUCUUGGUUAAAGGAAUGAUCACAGAUUUUGGGGAGGAUAUGAACUGCCAAUUUCUUGAAAUUCUUCGCAGUUUACUGGACUCAUACACAUUGUCUGGAGCACAGAGAGAUACUAUUGUUGAGAUUUUCUAUGAGAAGCAUUUGGGUCAACUAAUAGAUGUUAUAGUGGCAUCUUGUCCUUCAGAAGGUGUAGCUCAAUCAAGCAAUAAUUCUGUGGGAUCUGGUGAAAGAAUUGGAAAUCAAAUUGGCGCAAAGCCUGAAAUACUGUCAAACAUUUGUGAAUUACUAUGCUUUUGUGUUCUGCACCAUCCAUAUAGAAUAAAGUGUAAUUUUCUCCUUAAUAAUGCGGUAGAUAAAGUUUUGUUGGUUAUGCAAAGAAGGGAAAAAUACCUAGUUGUUGCUGCUGUUCGAUUUGUUCGCACUAUUCUUUCCCGCCAUGAUGAGCAUCUGAUAAAUCAUGUUGUCAAGAAUAACCUUCUGAAACCAAUUGUGGAUGCCUUUGUUGGUAAUGGUAGCCGUUACAAUCUGCUCAACUCGGCAGUUUUAGAACUUUUCGACUACAUUCGAAAGGAAAACCUUAAAUCAUUGCUUAAAUAUAUAGUUGAUACAUUUUGGAACCAGUUGGUCGAAUUUGAGUACUUGGCUUCCAUUCAUGCACUAAAAGUUAAAUACGAGCAGUCCCUGGAGAAUAGUGGAACAAAAGGCACUUGUAAUGUGUCAGACCCCAGAAAACGAGUUGAUGAGCGUGCUUUGGAGAAAGAAGAGGAAGAUUAUUUCAACGAGGACAGUGAUGAAGAAGAUACGGCAUCUGCAUCAAUAUCACAACCCCAAAAAGUACAGUCUCAACCUGUUUUAUCCAAUGGAGUUAGUCCAAGUUUCCCGCCCUUAAGUCCUAGAUCUGGUGGACUGGUUGAUUAUGAUGAUGACGAGGAUGAUGAAGACUACAGACCACCUCCAAGGAAGCAGCCAGAAACCCCUGAUGAAGAUGAAGGAACAAUGGAAUCUCUUAGGUUGAAGCGGAAACUGGCAUCCACAGACAACACGCCUGAGGUGUUGAAGAAGCAGCGGAUUGGAAAAAAUUCCAAGUCGAAAGAUAGUGUAUUUGCUGCUUUGUGCUCAACACUAAGCCAGGCAGUGUUACCUAGUAAGAAAACUGCUAGCACCAUGCACUUGAUGGCUCAUACAGCUGAUGGGACGACCCAAAGCUCUGGGGAAGAAAAUCAUGAGGAGAAAAAACCUGACACGGACAGAAGCAAUUCUGAUAACAGCACCACCUCAGAUGAUGAGAACCAUGGAGAGAAGGAAGCUGCUGCUUCUAAAAUAUGUUCUGAUCGAUUGCAUAUCGCUUCUGACAAUAGACAGUUAGGCGGAGAAGACUCUCCAUUAAUACCACCAAUAUCCUCACCAGAAAUGGCUGUAAGUGGAUCCUAAUUUAUUCGGGGUUGCAUUUUUGUUCUGUUUUCUUCUAUCGUGGAUGUGCUUGGUGGUGUGGGCUACCGAAGUAACAAUGCACUUUGAAAGAGAAGAAAUGAGUAAAGGGGGAUGAAUUUGUUUGAGGGCUUUACGUUGAUGACUGUGGGGUAUACUGUAUAGCGCUACUUAGAGGAGAAAGACAAUCUAUACGACAAUGUGGGCCCGCCCGUUCUCCCUCUUCACUUGGUCUUUCUGAUGCUUUGAGCUUAGCAAUUCUCUUUUGUACCACAUUUAUCAGCACUAUUUUUUCCCCAAUUAUCUCACAUGUUUUCCUUUUUGUUUCCCCCCUUUAAUGUUUUAUUCCAAUUACCCUUUGUUUUGUUAGUCCACUUUUAGCUAUGUGAACAAUAUGAUAAAGAAGGCACCAAUGUCUGCCUUGCAUAGUGUUUUUUUUUCCCCCCCGGUUCUGUGGUGGUGGGUGUGGGUUGUAAUAGAGAUGGUCAAGCGAGUUGGGUUAGAGGGCAAAGUUUUCCAUAUGUACUAGUAGUGAAACUCAUUAUAGAGUAGUGUAAAUUAGAUUUUGAACACUUUAUGAUUGAAGGGUCCUCAAAUGUUCCUACAGUAGUUUCUAAAUUCGUAGUAAAAGUGGCCUUGAUGCUCAA